AUGUCGCGGGACGGAACCAUCAGCACCUGCACGAGCGCAUGCACACGGGAGCGCGCGCGACCGCUCACAAUAACGGUCACGGCCGCGUGCCUGUGCCUGAGCGCGCUCUCGCUGUUCGUGCUCGUGCUCGCCAUCAGCACGGACCACUGGCACGAGACGGACACGCGCGCGCACAAGCGCAACUGUGACCGCGCAGGCGCAGACUCCACGGACCAGAAGAACCGGGAUGAGCCCAUCUUCCACCUGCCGCUGGUGGACGGGGGCGCGCGCGGGAGCGUGCUCAGGCCCGUGCACGUGGGCAGCCGCGAGGACGAGCUCCUGGAGAACUGGCGCGCGAUCCUCGGGAUGGGAAUACUCGAGACGGAAUGCGGAAGACCGCUGUUCUCCACGCACGCGGGGCUGUGGCGGAAGUGUUACGUCAUGGGCAAGGACCCGGAUAUAGAUAAGCUCAUCGUCAAAGUCACUUUGGAGCGUAACCACGGAGACGGUUACCAUUAUUGUACCAGCGACAUCACAGACGGAUACCAUUACUGUACCAGCGACAUCACAGACGGAUACCAUUACUGUACCAGCGACAUCACAGACGGAUACCAUUAUUGUACCAGCGACAUCACAGACGGAUACCAUUAUUGUACCAGCGACAUCACAGACGGAUACCAUUACUGUACCAGCGACAUCACAGACGGAUACCAUUACUGUACCAGCGACAUCACAGACGGAUACCAUUAUUGUACCAGCGACAUCACACAGACGGAUACCAUUACUGUACCAGCGACAUCACAGACGGAUACCAUUACUGUACCAGCGACAUCACAGACGGAUACCAUUAUUGUACCAGCGACAUCACAGACGGAUACCAUUAUUGUACCAGCGACAUCACAGACGGAUACCAUUAUUGUACCAGCGACAUCACAGACGGAUACCAUUAUUGUACCAGCGACAUCACAGACGGAUACCAUUAUUGUACCAGCGACAUCACAGACGGAUACCAUUACUGUACCAGCGACAUCACAGACGGAUACCAUUAUUGUACCAGCGACAUCACAGACGGAUACCAUUAUUGUACCAGCGACAUCACAGACGGAUACCAUUAUUGUACCAGCGACAUCACAGACGGAUACCAUUAUUGUACCAGCGACAUCACAGACGGAUACCAUUUACUGUACCAGCGACAUCACAGACGGAUACCAUUACUGUACCAGCGACAUCACAGACGGAUACCAUUACUGUACCAGCGACAUCACAGACGGAUACCAUUACUGUACCAGCGACAUCACAGACGGAUACCAUUACUGUACCAGCGACAUCACAGACGGAUACCAUUAUUGUACCAGCGACAUCACAGUUCAUAAGUUUCAGAGGAGAUGA